AUGCAGAAUCAAGAUGCUGCCAUCAAGAAACUGGAAACACAGAUUGAAUUCUUAUUCAAGCAAACCCCUGGGCACAACAAUUGCAGCAAUAUUAACUUAAUACCAAGGGAAGAAUGUCAGGCCAUCACCCUCAGAAGUGGGAAGGAAUUGAAGGAGACCCACAAGAAACCACUAGGGACGGAAUUGGAUGAAGAAAACAAGGGACAUGAGGAAUCUCACACCUCAAUCCCCAAGUCACAUCAAGAAAGAGAAGUGCCCAAUCUAUGCCUCUCAAAGGCCCUAUACCCACAACAGUUGCAAUUAAAGAAGAAGGGAGAGGACAACCAAUUCUCAAGAUUCUUGGAGAUCUUCAAGAAAUUACAAAUAAACAUACCCUUUGCUGAAGCAAUCGAGCAAAUGCCACUCUAUGCCAAGUUUUUGAAGGAGUUGAUGACCAAAAAGAGAAGCUGGAAGAAUAAUGAGACUGUGGUACUUACAGAAGAAUGCAGCGCCAUCAUCCAACACAAAUUGUCUCAAAAAUUGAAGGAUCCUAGGAGUUUCCAAAUCCCUUGUAUCAUUGGAGAAAUCACUGUGGAAAAGGCUUUAUGUGAUUUAGGAGCCAGCAUAAACCUAAUGUCUCUAGCGAUGAUGAAGAAGAUGAAGAUUGAAGAAGCCAAACCAAUAAGAAUGGCCCUCCAACUAGCAGACAGGUCAUUCAAAUUCCCCCAUGGGGUAGUAGAAGACUUGUUGGUGAAGGUGGGAGACUUCAUUUUCCCAGCAGAUUUCAUAGUACUAGACAUGGAAGAAGGAGCUAAGACCUCCAUCAUCCUGGGGAGGCCAUUUUUAGCCACUGCCGGAGCCAUUAUUGAUGUCCAAAAAGGUGAACUGGUCCUCAGAUUACACGAGGAGAAACUGACAUUCAAUGUGUUUAAAGCCAUGAGAUACCCGAAUGACUCAUUGGGAGAAUGUAUGAGGUUGGACUCAGUAGAAGCUUUGGUACAAGAAACUCUUGAAGAAGAGCUUGAAGCAUCAACAGAAGAGGAGUUAGCAACAAGCGAAGAGGCCGCAGCCGCUGAAAUACAUGUUCAAGGAGGGCUAGAAGAGAAGGAAGAAAGAAAAGAAGCACCCAAAUUGGAGCUUAAAGCACUGCCAACCACUCUCAAGUAUGCAUACUUGGGAGAAAAUAAAAGCUAUCCAGUAAUCAUAAAUUCAGCUCUCAGCCAAGAACAAGAGGAAGAGUUGCUUCAAGUCUUACGAAGGCAUAAGGAUGCCAUUGGAUGGACACUUGCUGACUUGAAGGGAAUCAGUUCAGCCAUAUGCAUGCAUAAGAUACUCCUAGAAGAAGAUGCCAGACCUUCCAUUCAGCCCUAA